GAGGGUGUGCCUGCUCACACGCCGGGGAGCCGAGCCGGGAGCAGGAGCCCUGAGACACCCUCGGCCGGGGGACGUAUGGCAAGGAGGGAUUCGGGAGAUUAACCCCAGCACCAGACGCCUUUGCUGUUGCCCCGUGUCGCGCGCGGUCAGGUGAAGCGCAGCCCCCUCGCCCCCCGCUCUGCUCGCAGCCAUGCUUCACUCUCCGCUGAAAACGGCCCUGGCCUAUGAGUGUUUCCAAGAUCAGGCCAGCUCCACGCUGGCUCUGCCCUCGGACCACAAGCUGAAAACUAAGGGCACGGGCAAACAGCGCGUCCAGGAGCAAGUGAUGAUGACGGUGAAGCGGCAGAAGCAAAAGUCAUCUGUGUCGUCGAGUGUGGGCCACUCCAACCGAGGUUCCAUGUAUGAUGGUUUAGCUGACGGUUAUGGCUACGGGACAUCUCGAGGCAGCUAUUACACCAAAACCCAAACGGGGAACAGCAGCUGGGGAUACCCGCUGUACAAUGGGACGCUGAAGCGGGACGUGGAGAACAGGCGCUACAGCUCAUACAGCCAGAUGGAGGGCUGGGGCAGCAAGCACUACAGCAAGGCGGUCUGCAGCCCGGCCAGGCCCGGCAGCGACUACUGCUUUGUGCAGAACAUCAAGAGCAGCCGCAGCGAGCCCGACCUCUACUGCGAACCGCCCCGCGGCACGCUGAGGAAGACUCAGGUCGGGGGCCGGGCAGAGCACAAGGCAACCUUGAACCGCCAAAGUAUCUACAGCAGCUGCAGCACCCAGCAAGGAACUACCAGGACAAGUAAAAAAAUGCCAACACGGGCCCUCUCCUGCCCCUCGAGCAACAAGCCCGAUGUGGUCUAUGCCCAGCCCAUGACGAGCUGCAAGCAGGACGCGGUUUAUGGACAGACUCAGUCCAGCUCCAAAAUAUGUGGCGAUGAGAUAGACGGCGGUACAAUGACCAUCCAGAAAGCGAUACAACUCCUGUGCUCCUCCGAUGACAAAUACCAGGCCAUGGGUGCUUACUACCUCCAGCACACCUGCUUCCAGGACGAGUCUGCCAAGCAAGAGGUCUAUCGGCUGGGGGGAAUUGCCAAGCUCGUCGAGCUGCUCCGCAGCACAAACCAGAACGUACAGCGGGCGGCGGCUGGAGCCCUGCGAAAUCUGGUCUUCAAGAAUCCAACCAACAAGAUAGAAACCCGGCGGCAGAAUGGGAUAAGGGAGUGCGUGAGCCUCCUACGGAGGACAGGGAACACCGAGAUUCAGAAGCAACUGACAGGACUGCUUUGGAACCUCUCCUCCACCGAUGAAUUAAAAGAAGAGUUGAUACAGGAGGCCCUCCCUGUCUUGACAGACUGUGUUAUCAUCCCUUUCUCUGGCUGGUCUGAUGGCAGCUGCAAUAGGACAAGAGAAAUUAUUGACCCAGAAGUAUUCUUCAAUGCUACAGGAUGUCUGAGAAACUUGAGUUCUGCAGACAUGGGGCGCCAGACCAUGAGGAAUUAUCCUGGUUUGAUCGAUUCGGUCAUGACUUACGCCCAGAACUGCGUGGCUUCUAACCGACCCGAUGAUAAGUCUGUGGAGAACUGCAUCUGCAUCCUGCACAACCUCUCCUACCGCCUGGAUGCCGAAGUUCCCAACAGAUACACCCAGCUCAACCACAUGGCCCGGAGCGUUUACAUGGACAAAACUCUCACGGGCUGCUUCAACAGCAGGAGCGGUAAAAUGGAGAAUGACGAGUACGGUGUCCCCCUUCCCGAGGAGGAUUUUAAACCCAAGGGACCCAGCUGGCUCUACCACUCAGAUGCCAUCCGCACCUACCUGUCCCUGAUGGAUCAGAGCAAGAAAGAUGCCACCCUGGAAGCUUGUGCUGGAGCUCUGCAGAACCUCACUGCAAGCAGAGGGCUGAUGUCCAACGCAAUGAGCCAAUUGAUUGGUUUGAAGGAGAAGGGGUUGCCUCGCAUCGCACGGCUCCUCCAGUCCAACAGCUCCGAUGUUGUCCGGUCUGGGGCUUCUUUGCUGAGCAACAUGUCCCGGCAUCCUGUUCUGCACAAAACCAUGGCUCACCAGGUGCUCCCAGAUGUAUCACGUCUCCUGUCAUUCCAGUCUGGAAAUACCAACAGCUACAGCGAGAUCAUGACAUCAGCUUGUUACACUCUGAGGAACCUCAUCAUGUCCAACCCGCACCUGGGAAAGUCUUACUUGACAAGCAACAUGCUAAAUAAUGUAGUGAGCCUGUGCCGAAAUGGCUCCUGUCCAAAAGCAGCUGAAGCUGCUCGCCUCCUCCUGACAGAUCUUUGGUCCAACAGGGAGCUCCAGAGCGUGCUCAAGCAGCAAGGAUUUGAUAAGAACAUGAUGGGAUCUUUAGCUGGAACGACCUUCAGGACCCUCUCCUCCAGAUUUUAGGAGCCUCUCCAGGGACGUUCAGGCUGCAGAAUCUGGAAUUGGUUCACGUCCAGGAAGACAACUCUUUCCCAAUUACUUAGGAUUUUAAAGACGUAGAGUGUUUCUGAGUUUAACUCAACUGUAAAGCCAAAUGACAUAUGGAUUUCAUGUGGAUGACACUGAUAUUUUUAAGCAUUUUCUUCUUUUUAGCCGGGAGAAGGGACUUUUAUUGAGGUUAUACUUUCUUGAUGUCGAUAUUUGUUGGUUUUGCAAAGAGUGUGUCUGUGUAACGAUGUAUGUGCCGCUGUGUAUGUGUGCGUGCAGGCAACAUACACACGCACAUGUGGUAAGUAGGAUCUUCCUACAGGCUUAGUCCCGUGUCUUCACCGAAAGCCGACGCGAGUUGUGCAGUUUAACCCCCUUGCAGAGUUUUGUCCGAUUCCACCUUAUUCAUGCACCAAAUACCAUGACACCAAAAACCUCGUUUUACCCACAAGUAUACAAAAUUGCCCAUUUUAGGUUGAGUUCCCCCCCCUGCAUAUGGCCAUUAUAAACAGAUGCACACAACAAUACUCUUCUUUACAAAGGCUGGUUAUUCCUAACGUUUAUCAACAUGGGCUUCUUUUCUGCUUAUGAAUCUCUCUCCAAUGAGCACUUACAGUUACUAGUAUUUUCUUUCCUGCCACUUCUUUAUCUCAAGAAGCAAAAUGACACCUGCAAAUUCUCUCCCGGGUUUCAGUAGCCCUUAUCUGAAGCUGUAUGUGAGGGGACAAUCACAACACAUCUGCAGAGCAUGAAUAUCCCCAGGUCCCGAACCACUUUGAGCACCAGAACGACUCAAUCUCCUGACUGUACCUGGACAAAUGUGGCACUUGAGAAGCUGGAGACAGGCAAAGUGGGUUUUGCUCUCUUUCAUUUUUGCCCUGGGAUCACCGACUGCCACACAGGACUGGAAGAAAGUGAGGGAUGUGCGCUUUUUAAUCACGCUUUGUUUAUAUUGAUCAAUGUCAAGAAUUAGUAUUGAUACGCAAAGGAAUGGAAGCACUUGUGUGGCGUCGGGUCUGGGAGUAUUUCAUUUCUCAGUGGUUUCAAUGACGUGAUGCUAAGGGGAGUGCUGGGCUCAUUUUAGGGCGACUCACUCCUUAUGACAGUAAUGGUGUGAUGAACGAGGCUGAUCUCCCUCUGUCCAGAAGGAAAACAUCCUCUAACUGCAACCCAGAUCCCCAGGGAAAGGCCCGGCUGAGGAUGCAUUUGCUGCCUGUCCCGUAUACAUGGUUAUUGCUUCUUCAAGCUGUGCAGGGGCACAGGACCCUGUUAUGCAGAUAUCAGGAGGUGCUUGGUAAGGACAAAUCAUGGAGCGGAGUCUAGAAAGGGAAAAACAAUCUCAUUUCUCUUGUGUUGAUGCAAAUCACCGAGUCCCCACUCACAUCACAGGGCUGGGGUGAUUUGUGCCUCCGAAAGAGCCGUCUGUGAAGUUCAGAUUUGCUCUGGCACAGCUCUAGAGCUAAGAAACGCUCAUUCGUCCCCCGUUUAGACCAUGGGGAGCACGUGUCCGCAGAGGGAGCUCAUUCCCCAGCUGCUUUUAAUCCUGGACUACAAAGGGCGGCUUAAUCUUGAGCACUUGAACAAGCAGCUAUCUGUUCGCUUUCACCCACGUUCAAGUCAAGAGCUUUCCACGCAGAGCUCCCAGCCAAAUGAGAGAGGGAAAAAAACAUGAUAAUAAUAAUAAAAAGGCACCUUUGAAGUGGAGAGUAGAAUCAGGAGGAGCCGGUAGGCCGGUUUCAGGAGGGUUUAAAGAGCAGCGCAGGAGCCGCGGCCCACGGGCACGUCCUGGCCGUACCUGCCAGCCCUCCCCUGGCUGGAUGCACAUUCUCACAUGCGCCGUUCAAGAUGUUUUCGGACGGAUCCAGGACUCUGGAUGUGCCAAAUGGCUGCAGUAUCCACAGAAAGGAUCGUUGCUGCAGUUUCGGUGCAAAAAUUGUGUCCCGUGCAGUUUUGCGUUCAGAUAUGUUCCUGCGAUUGUGUGUUUGACAGAUCCUGGGAGCUCAGGGUUUUUCUCUGUAAAACUAAUUGGGGAAACCUGACUACAAAAUGUAAUGGUGGAAUAUUUAGGAAGUUCAUUCUAACUGGCUGUUAUUUAGGCUUUAUUUGAAAAUACUUCUGCUGCAUUCACCAGUAAUGUGAUUUACUGGAUGACUAUACAAGGCACAAAGACCUGUAGCUAUGUGAUCAUCGUCUCCCAAUUAAAUUUACAAGCACUGGAGAUUUCAUUAGUAAGUAUUAGACUCAAAGAGACUUUGGUGUUGGUAAAUACUUUUCUCACAUAAAUUUUAUGAAGCGCAGUGAAAUUGUUUUUCCAAAGCUAACAAAAUGAUAAAAAUAAAAUGUCUCCAUCCUCAGAGAUCUUCAAAGCAUGAGUGAGCACAGCCCUGAGCGAUCUCUGCCUUUGACGUUAUCCCUGCUUUGAGCUGGUUCAUUCCAAUCUGAUUUAUUUGUACCAUGCUGUAUGUUAUUGCUUUCAUACCUCUCCAUAGCGCUAACUCAAGAGAGCAGUGGGAAUUGGGACCGCUCUGCCAUCCCAGGGCUGACCUGCAGCUGUUUCUUCCCCAGGAAAUCCUCUGAUGCUCAGCUCUGUUUUCCUCUCAGUCUCUCUUUUAAAAUCUGGAUUACAGACUCUACCCAAGUCGGCGAAUUAAUGCCCAGUUGUGAGAAGGGAAAUGAAAAUCUGAUUUAUCAGAGUAACCGGUGUUGCUCAUCACCAGCAAUUUCGCGAGCUAGAUGAGGUUCCCUCCAUCAUAAAUGAUGCUGUUUUUACCUCCAAUACUUUUUUUUCCUUCAUUCUAAGGAGGUGUUGCUUCUUAAAUGCAUCUUUUUAACUGUGACAUCCUCUUCCAUGAGCUGUUUCUUGCUUCUUUAAGAGCCAAGGUGGGGUGUACCCCGAUGAUACAGGCAAGGGCAGGUCUACAGAACAUAGUUGGUACCCUGGGUCGUAAUGAUGGAGAAUUACUGAGGAGGGAAGGACCACAGCCAGCAGCACCGUUCGCUCUGCCAGCAGCAGAAAUAACAGCAGUUGGGGCCCAAUUUGUGCGCAGGACACACAAAUAUGUAAAUAAAUACCAUACUCGUUUGUCCUGGGUUUAGCAGAGCUUUUCGGUCUAUUUUCUCACCAAUGCUUCGUUUGUUUUGUGUAUGUACAAUCCAACCCCCCCCAGCAUUUCAGAAGCCUCAUGGACGAGUAGAAGGCAGUAGGCAGUUUGAUUCCUCUCUGAGCACACACCAGGUUGAGACCAACAUAGCCUACCAGUCCAUAGCUAUACAGUGUAUUCUGUAAGAUAUAGGUAUGUGAGAAUAAUAUAUCAGAGUUUUGUUUUGGCUGUACUGUAUGUAUUUGCUUCAUUGGAAAAGCUGAAAUCAAUAAAAAUUGCUGGAAUUUCUUCAA